GUCCUCCUUUCAUUUAUAUCGCCGCUUGUGGUAGGAAAUUCAAAAUCUAGGAAGGCUUGUCUGAUGAGCCGUAAGUCGUGAAAGAAAACAACAAACAUGGAAACACAGCGGAAACCAUUAGCAACGAAAAACAUUGGCGGCAGCAAGUUGCCUAUGCCAGGGAGCCGACUUAAACCCCCGCAGUCUGUGAGUGUGAAGCGAUCUCGCAGUUCAGAAGAAGACUCUGCUAUUGUUUCCAAUCCAAACCCAGGGAAGAAGUUCCGUUCUGAGGCCCCUCCAGCUAAGAUGAAUCGUAGCGUGUCAGUUUCCUCCCUCAACAGUACUCGGCCAACACGGCCCACCAACACCUCACAGAGACGUCCCCCAGCAAGACCAACUUCACGAUCUAAUGCCAACUUGUCCAUCACAAUAUCAGGCCCGCCAAGCAAGUGUGCCCCGCCCAAGAAGCCAGCUCCAGGACCCACAGUACCCAAGGCUGCUGCUGCAGGUGGUAAGAAGCGGGCAGCGUGGGAUCUGAAGGGGCGGCUCCAUGACAUGGAGCAGGUGCUCCAGCAUAGAGACCAGAUCAGCUCAUCGCUCCAGACCCAGCUGGAGAGCUACAACAACAGAAUCAACACGCUGGAGUCACAGAACAUGCAGCUGAGUGGCACUGUCGCUGAGAAGGAGCAGCUGUCUUCUGAGGUCUACAAGGAGAAUCAGGAGGUCAUUCGCAAACUAAGAGCCACACAGGACGAAAUGGAUGACAUGAAACGCAAGUUUCAGCGUGAGAUUGAGGACCUCAACUACAGCAAGUCAUCUCUGCAGAGACAGAAGGAAAACCUAGAAGGCGAGGUCUCUGCUUACCAGAAGGAGGUCUCUGGGCUCAAGUCUUCCAUUGCUGAGGUGUCGUCUGCUCAGGCCAAGAUUGGGGCAGAACUUGAAGCCACCAAGCUGGGUUUAAGUCAGAGUGAGGCUCGUGGUCGGGAAAAGGACACAGAAAAUAGUCGACUAAACAGUGUUAUAGCAGAACUGGAGCGGGUCGUUGAGGAACAGAACCGACAGAAGAGAGAACAUGAAACAGAACGUCGCAAACUCCACAACCUUGUGCAGGAGCUGAAGGGCAACAUCCGAGUCUUCUGUCGAAUCCGGCCAUUACUAGGAGAUGAAACUCUUGUCAAUGAUGGAAUGAUCCACCAUAUGAACUUCCCUGACCUGGAUGGGAGAGUCUUGGAGCUGGAAAAACUAGGGGAUGCUUCUCUGAAUGAGAGUUCUCUAGCAGCAUCUCGGCGUGGACAGAAUAAGUACGACUUUGCGUUUGACAAAGUGUUCCAGCCGGAAACCACACAGUCACAAGUGUUUGAGGAGAUAGCCCAGCUGGUUCAGAGUGCACUGGAUGGCUACAAUGUGUGCAUCUUUGCAUAUGGCCAGACAGGGUCGGGGAAGACCUAUACGAUGGAGGGAGGCAGUGUAGAUGACGACUUGACCAUGGGCAUGAUCCCCCGGGCAGUGCAGCAAGUCUUCAGUACAGCCCGGGACUUGGAGGAGAAAGGCUGGCAGUACCAGUUCGAUGCCUCCAUGUUGGAGAUAUAUAACGAGACAAUCCGAGAUCUCCUGAGUGACGAAGAAUUGAAGCAUGAGAUUAAGAUGACGGGGAAUGGCAGCUCCGAGACCAUUGUCACCAACCUCACUGUCAUCUCCGUCAGAACAGAAUCUCAGAUCCACAAGUUGCUGAAGAAGGCAACCCACAACCGUGCAGUAGCAGAGACGAAGUGCAAUGAGCGAUCAUCUCGGAGUCACUCCGUCUUCCAGCUCAAGUUGAGAGGCAGCAAUGAGUUGACAGGGGAGAACUGUUCAGGUAUCCUGAGUCUCGUGGACCUGGCUGGCAGUGAGAGGGUCAAGGACUCAGGGUCUGAAGGUCAAAGACUGAAGGAGGCACUCGCUAUCAACAAGAGUCUCAGUAACCUAGGCAACGUCAUCAUGGCGCUGGGCAACAAGGACAACCAUGUUCCGUACCGAAACAGCAAGCUGACGUACCUGCUACAGAAUUCGUUGGGUGGUAACAGUAAGACACUCAUGUUUGUCAACGUCUCACCAAAGGAGGAGUGUUUCCAGGAGACGUUAAACUCUCUCCGGUUUGCCACCAAGGUGAACCAGUGCAACAUUGGUACCGCCCAGAAGAAGGCCAAGUGAACACCUCUCCCUGUGAGGAGUUGUCAGUACCAAGCACCUGGUGUCCUACAGGCGGACACCAACAGUAGUGUGGCAUCAGAUGUCAAGGAUCACUACCUCUUCUGAACAGAGUGGGCAGUGUUGAGGGACUGCUGAUUAUAUUUAUACUUCUGUGUUGGAACUCUCUCUACAGUUCAUGGACAAACACAACUGUUACUUUAGGAAGGAGUUCACACACCUACACACUGUGUUGACCAGUGUCCAAGAAACAGGAUAGGCACGGAUAUUCCUGUGAUGUUGACCCAAUUUUCUUGAAGUUCAAAGGGUCUCUUCAUCCACAUAUAAACACACGUUCUGUUUGUGACGUGUUUUAGACAUUCAAAUACAAUGACUACAUUGUCAAUCUUUCCAUUCAAAAUACUCAUGAUAGAGCUCAAAGUAUCAUCAACACCCAGUAGGUUAUUGCUCAUAAGUCAUAAGAAACAUCUCUCAAGAAUAUUCCUCUUCAUGUUUUAACCCAGUUUGGUUUUACCUGUAAAUAUAUUCCAUGUUGUGUAUUUAUCUGUCCCUCAUCUUGUCCUCCACAUCUCGUCUGUUCUCUCUUCUGUCUCUACAUGCUCUGAAAACUGCUGAUUCAGUGAUUCUAUAAUUAGCAUGUAUAUAAUAAGCUUAGCACAACUCUGUAUGUGAAAGUAAGCUCACAGCUUGGAAAAUCCAGUCUGCAUUGGUACAUCUAGAAACAUGCAAACCUGAACCAAGUUCUAACUCACUUUUCAGGGAUAAUCAUGCUAAUUGGUCUGAUAAAUAUCAAUCAAAUUGUUUGCCGAUUGUCAUGUCUUUAGUGUGUGUAGGUCUUUGUGCCAUGUAUUACUGUAGCACAAAGUGCAUGAAUGGACUGUAAAGCUGUCAUAUAAAACCAAUUAUUCAUGGAUUUUAGUCUCAUCGUACAUUUCAUUGUCAAACUGUAAUUACAUUAUUGUGAUAUGGUUAUUUUAGGGUGGUAUCUUUCUUAUCAUGUACAUAGACAAAAUACAUUAAACAAAAAAUGUAGUUUUCUACACAUUG